AUGGGUCGACGGUUUUUGAAGGAUCUAGCAGCGAUGGGUAGUAUCUACGAUAGAGGUCCCAACGAAUUCGUCCCAACUUCAUCUUCGAAAGCUCUCCAAGAGCCAAUGCAUCGAGACGCCUAUCCUACUGUAUUCGUGUCCACAUUUGUGUCUGACUCUACUAUCAACUCAGGAGCCGACCUCUGUGUCAGGCUUGAUCUAAGCGAUCCCAAUUUCUUUGCGUUUCCAGAACCCCUCUACAACAGCCAGUACAAGAACCUUGACAACCCUGUCGAUGGCGCGAUUCGACUUGGCCAUGGCCCAAAAGAUCACCUCUUCGAAUGGUUGUCUCAACGUCCGGAACUUUUAUCGCAAUUCCAAAAUCAUAUGGCUCGCUACUACACUGGAAGGCGGAGUUGGAUGUAUCCCAACUUCUACCUCGUCGAAAAGAAUCUUGUCGAGGGCGCUCAAACAGAGUAUGAUGCGGUUUUUCUAGUCGAUGUAGGUGGCGGAAAGGGCCAAGGCUUGCAGGAAUUGUAUCGAAAGCAUCCUAGGGGUACUCGAGGAGGUUAA